AUGUUGUCUUAUGCCGUUAUAUGGCCGACCUGCAGCAUCGUCCAAGAGUAUUUGGAAAAAGGCACGACAUUGGAGAAUGCCAAUUGGGGACGGGCCGCACGAUUUGGAGUUUUCGGCACAUUCUUCAUGGCCCCAGUCUUCUAUGGCUGGCUGAAAUACUCCAGUAGAUUUUUCACAAGGAAAGACUUGAUCACAGCCAUGACCAGAGCUCUGAUAGAACAAGUAUCUUAUUCUCCUUUAGCGAUGGCAUACUUCUUCUUCGGUAUGAGUCUACUGGAAGGUAAACCUUACAAAGUUUGCGUCAAUGAAGUCCGAGAAAAAUUAUGGCCUACGUACAAGGUAGGCGUUGUAUUCUGGCCGACGGCUCAAACUCUGAACUUCUACUUUAUUUCGGAAAGAAAUAGAAUUGUCUUCGUGAGCGCUGCGAGUUUCGUGUGGACAGUUUACUUGGCACAUAUGAAGGCGAAAGAGCAAAAGAACAAGAGCUUUUUAUUUGAAUCUCAAUUGCAAGCAACUUCGAUAUCCAAUAAGAACGUUGAAAUAGAUUCUAAUAAGCUGAUUCCUGUUGUUGUGGAGAUCCAAUCAGAUUUGAAAGAUCAGAAGCCGAUAGACGUGGAAGGUGAUGUUGAGGUUAGUGGUAAUACGAUGAAACCAGAAUUAGUAUCUGAUGAACACAAGAAAAACAGCAGCGUACCUCAUGUGAUAGUGGAAACACGUUCUGAACCAACGAUGGACAAAAAAGAACACAUAAAUACACCGGUCAAGAGUAGCUCUGAUUCGGCUGUAGACAAGAAAACCGAUUGA